CUCGUUCAGGCCGAACACCACAGUAUACUCCGGGUCAGACCUAGGAAUCAUUGCUGAUAAAUCAUCAAUAAGUAGAAAACAAGUAUAUAAGAGCCCUUCAGACUUGAUCUGGCGAGUGAAGUGGCAAGCAACUUUCAUUAUCUCUCUAUAUCACUAUUUCCAAGAUGUGCCACGACGAAGUCAAAGCCAAUGGCUGGACCAGCAUGCCUGCUAAUGCGGGUGCUAUCUUCAAAGACCUCUCUUUUUUAGAAAGGGUCGCUGCCAUACCGCUCGAUGAAAUCAAGUUCCCUCAUGAUGAUCCUGUAGUCGCGAAGACUGCGCAAUAUGCUAAGGCGACUCUCCACCCCGGGACGUUCAAUCACUCCAUGAGAGUUUAUUACUAUGGAAGGGUCCUCAGCAAACAACAAUUCCCCGAGCAAGCCGCCACCCUAAACCCCUCCACCUGGGCCCUCACCUGCCUCCUCCACGACCUCGGUACCACCGAUGAAAACCUCACUGCAACGCGCAUGUCAUUCGAUCUCUACGGCGGCAUCAAGGCCCUACACACCCUCAAAGACUUCGGUGCCACCUCCGAUCAAGCAGAGGCGGUCGCCGAAGCAAUCAUUCGACACCAGGACCUGGGUGUGGAUGGAACCAUCACGUUCUUUGGUCAGCUUAUCCAGCUCGCCACGAUCUACGAUAACAUUGGUGCUCAUCCUCAUGUGAAAGGAUUUGAGAAGUUGAUCCAUGAUGAGACUCGCGCGCAGAUCAACGAGGUUUAUCCAAGGUUGAAGUGGUGCACGUUCUUCGCUGAUGUUAUUCGCAAGGAAGAGUCGAUUAAGCCUUGGUGUCACUCGACGCAUAUUGUGGAUUUUGAUCGGGGAGUUGAGGGAAAUAUGCUGAUGAGGCAGUGGGAGUAAGAAGGGUCCUUUGAUCAUGGAUAUUGUGAACCGUGCUAUAGGGAUUAGAAGGCACCUAGGAUAGUCUGGAAAUGCAGUGCUGAUUUUGAUUUCUCUGUCGUCUCUCUUUGUUCUGAUCCUGUUCGGAUCCAAACAAAACAGUGCUCAGAUAUAAAUUCUCGCUGUUUAAUGU